AUGGAUCAGUCCAGCUCCAAUCAAAUUACAGAAUCGAAGAACCUUAACUCGGUAACCUUUUCAAGGCAAACUGAGAUGCCGAACCAGAUUGCAGCUGUUAGCCAAACUGAGAUCCCCCACAUGGAUGCUGAUUUGUACAAGACUUUGUAUAGAGGUGAAUCAGUUUCCUCAAAGGGAACAGCUCAAUCUGAAAGGCGACACUCCACUCCACUUCACCUUGCUGCGAGAGAAGGCCAUAGGGCGGUUGUGGAAGCUCUCCUUGAUGCAAAAGCACUUCACUUAGAGAUCGAAAGUGGGGUCGGAACAGACAAAGCGAUGCUGAGGAUGACCAAUAAGGGGAAAGACACAGCCUUGCAUGAGGCGGUGCGGUAUCAUCACUCAAAAGUGGUCAAGUUUUUGAUUGAGGCAGACCCUCACUUCAUCUAUGGUGCUAACAGUAUAGGCUACACUCCUCUUUACAUGGCUGCCGAGAAAGGAUAUGGGGACUUGGUGAAAAUAAUCAUAAACACCAGCCCUUCAUCAGAUCACAAAGGCAUCGAGGGUAGAACAGUUUUGCAUGCCGCUGUACUCUGCCGUCACCAAGCAAUGACAAAGAAGAUACUAGAAUGGAAGCCAAUGCUAAUCAAAGAAGUGGAUGAAAAUGGCUGGUCUCCGCUUCAUUGUGCUGCAUACAUACGUGAUGCCGCAAUUACCAAGCAAUUACUAGACGGAUCAUCACAAGACAAGUCUGUUGAUGAAAAUGGCAAUAAUGUUUUUCACUUCGCCAUGAUGAAGAAGCACGCUUCUCGUUUUGGUAGUGAGUUAUUAAUAAAGGAUGGAUUAAGAGUGAGAGGACUUGUAAAUGAGAAAGAUGCUCAAGGAGACACACCCCUCCACCUGCUUGCUUCUUUCGGAGUUAAUGAUGUAGAAUUCAUAUUGGACAAAACGGUGGAUAAGAUGGAAAGGAACAAAAGAAAGUUGAACUUUUCUGACAAUUUUAUUUCUUCUCGGAAUAAAUUUUCAUGGGGCACAGUAGCCUUUGCGGCAGGCUUCACCUGGCCCGGUGGUUACAGCGACACAGAUGGGAUGGCAAUCUUAACAAAGAAAGCAUCUUUCAAACAUUUGUUGUGUCGGAUACCAUAG